GCUAAGCCUGGAUGUUCAUUGUAAGGAUAUUGAGAAAUAGUGGCUAUAACAGGUUAAGAAUGAUAGAAUACCCCCUAGGAACAUUGUUAGUGAAAGUGCCAUUUGCACAAGCUGGCAGCUGGACAGGUACAGAAUUUAUUCCUCUGAGUAGCUGAGUUCUCUCUAUCUGCCCUGGCAGUUUUACACAUAGUGGUAGCAGCGCCUUAAAAGCCACACUUCCCCAGCUUAGGCAGACAUUAACUCACCAGACUACAGCAGUCAGAAGACUAUAGCUUCUUUAGAUUGAAAACAAUCAAUUUUUAUUUCCCUUGUACAGCAAUAUCUUGCAAUUGUGUUUUUAUUCUUCAGAACAAUUGUUUUUGUUAGCUCUCCAAACACCAAAGUCUGAUACAAAAAACAGAACAAAUUUAGUGUCACGAAAAAUGUAAGAACUGUCCUGUUUGAUUUCCCAUGUCCGUUAGCCAGGUAUUUGAUUACAAACCAUUCCUAUGGACAGAGUGAUUGUUUACGUUGUGGACAGUGGCAGAUCUAUUGCCAGACAAGUUCCUCACAAAGGGCUUGGUGCACGCAGAGAAUAGGAGGAGCAUCAGGAGCAUUACAGACUGCAGCAAACAUCUCGUGCAAAAGACAGAAGAGCAGAGAGGAGAAAAGAGAAGAGAAAGAGGAUUAAGAGAAAACUAUGCUGCUUGAGGAAGAAAAUACAUAAACUGACAAUCAAAUACAUCAGGAGUUACACAAGCAACAUGUCUCGGUCACCAGGAAGAAAGCAGGAGAACCACAAAAUAAGCAGAGAACUUUUUGUACUCACAUAUGGGGCUUUGGUAGCCCAGCUGUGCAAGGACUAUGAAAAAGAUGAAGAUGUCAAUGCCUGUUUAGAUAGAAUGGGAUAUAGCAUUGGCGUAAGGCUGAUUGAUGACUUUUUGGCUCGUUCAGCUGUGAAAAAGUGCCGUAGUUACUCUGAAACUGCAGACAUGAUUGCACAGGUUGCUUUCAAGAUGUACCUUGGGGUCACCCCUAGUGUGAGCUGCAGUAGUGCUGCAGGGAAUGAAUUCUCCUUAAUCCUGGACAAAAACCCACUAGUGGACUUUGUGGAGGAGCUGCCAGCGGAACGAGCAUCGCUUUGCUAUUGUAACCUUCUCUGUGGAGUGAUUCGAGGUGCCUUGGAAAUGGUUCACUUAGCAGCAGAAGUUUCCUUCCUUCAGGACAGGCUGAAAGGUGAUGCUGUGACGGAAAUAGGAAUUACAUUUUUAAGGAAGCCUGAAGACAGAAAGCACAGAAGGAACAAAUGAAAGAAAUAUUGGGAGAACCCCAUGCUGAGGGAUUUUUUGUGCCUUUUGUUUCAGAAGAGGACAGAGUAAAAAUGGCUUUGCUGAGUCAGCUGCACCAGUUACCUGGCUGAAAAGUGAAGAGAGCUGGGCAGCAAAGAGGAGGGGCAGGGCAGGGGAGAGCAAUUGUCAUGACAAAGAUAUCUGUAAAAAAGACCCAAAUGAUCUGCCCUUCCUACCCAGGCUCUAGAGCUUAAUGGAAUUUUAAUUUCAGUAUUUAGGGUGUGCUAAAUAUUCAUCUGUGUGCUAACUGUUUUCAGGCAAAGGUGAUGACCUUCUCUCAUUUUCUUUGUCAGUAUGUUUCAAAGCAUGGCUGCUAGAGGCACUGUAAUUCCCUGGCUGUGUGUGAUUUUCCAUAAAGAAUUCAUCUGCUGGGACUGCUGUAUGCAGUGUCUCGAUCACAGGUUUGAUGUAUAAUGCUUUGCCAUUCAUUGUCCUCCACACUGGACAUCCUGCUGUCUUUGCAACCAGAGAGGGAUGGGUGCUCACUGAUGGCAGGAGCUGGUUUUGUUCUUUCUGGCUCUUCAGGUCCCACAUGCAGUUCUGCUGGCACUCCUGUUCAGCCCUGUGCACACAUCAGGCUGCAGCACUCUGACAACUGCAGCAGUGCUUGUGUCUCUCCAAGCUAUGGGCCUUUUCAUGUCAGCUUUCUCUCCAAGAGCCUGAUCUUGUAACCAAACUGAACAUUUAAUGCAUUUAAUGUGUAACCAUUGCGGAUCUGUACCUGCUUAA